AUGGCUGUUCCUGGAAGAGUUGUGCAGGUGGUGAAGGGCAAGUUGCUGAAGUAUUUUCCUCCCAAACACUCCGUGUAUGGAAAAUUUUAUGGAAUCCCCUAUAGCCAAAUUCAAGACUUAACACUUCACUUUAUGAUCCUGAGCUUUGACAGGUUUUCCAGAGAUGAUGUCAUUGGAGAAGUCCUCAUUCCCCUUGCAGGAAUUGAAUUGUCAGAAGGAAGGUUGCUAAUGGAUAGAGAGAUCAUCAAAAGAAAUGUUAGGAAAUCAUCUGGGCGUGGAGAAUUACUGAUCUCUCUCUGUUAUCAGUCUAUGACAAACACGCUCACUGUGGUUGUUCUAAAAGCCAGGCAUCUACCUAAAUCUGAUGUGUCAGGAUUAUCAGACCCUUACGUCAAAGUGAACCUGUACCAUGCUAAGAAGAGAAUUUCUAAAAAGAAAACCCAUGUGAAGAAAUGCACCCCUAAUGCAGUGUUGAAUGAAUUGUUUGUCUUUGACAUUCCUUGUGAGGGCCUUGAUGAUAUCAGCAUUGAAUUUUUGGUUUUAGAUUCAGACAGGGGGUCAAGGAAUGAGGUCAUUGGCUGGUUAACCUUGGGAUCUUCAGCAGAAGGAACAGGUGGAGAGCACUGGAAAGAAAUUUGUGAAUAUCCUAGGAGACAAAUUGCUAAAUGGCAUAUGUUGUGUGAAGGUUAGCAGCUUAGAGAGGGGUCAGAACUUGAAAAACUAUAUAUAUUUCCAUCGGCAAGGAGCAGUUUUCUUUCUUUGCUAUGUAUAAUUACAGGUUUGUAACUACAAGACUUUUUUUUGAGGGGGUGGGGAAAUAAAAACUGGAUUAAAUUAUCAGAACAGAAGGUAACUAAAUUUUCACAGUAAAUAAAGGAAUUUCUGUUUCAUUAGACUUUAACAUAAUUGGAUGAGAUUCAUAUUCUUCUGGAGUUUAAAUAGCCUGAAACUUCUGAAGCAGUAUAAACUUCAAUAAGAACAGAGUAAGUUUU